GCCAAAUGUCCUUCACGGUUGGCCCUGCUUUGAAGCUUGAUCAAGAUAAAAAGGAACUCCACUCGAUUCCUUGUAGCAUUCAGUAUACAGGACCGGCUCAGAUUUCUGCAAACUUUAUUCGUGAGAAAAUCGAUGGAGAAUCGAUGGAAAGAGGAAUGUUCAGAGGAAGAGGAUUGGAAGGUGCUGAGUGGAAUGCACCAGAAGGUUAUGCGAUACAUGUUCUGAAGGAGAGAAAAGGUCCGAAAGGAACGAUUCUCGAUAUAGAGUCUGGACCUGAUUCGAUUCGUGUUUGGCAAUGGGACCGAACGUGCGGCGAAAACAAUGCUGAUCGCACGGCGAUUGCACGAGCCUCGAAUUAUCUUAAAAUUGCACAAGCACUUGCUGAUGACUAGUUUCAAGUGAUUAAUUUGUACUCUAUUCUAAAUAUCUCAAUUUUUCAUUGUGAUCUCUUGUGUAACAUUAUUCAACAAAAAUUAAAUUUUUUAAAUUAA